AUGAACGUCAGCGAAAAAACAGAGCAAACCGCUGAAAGUUCUUCUGCUCCUCCUCAACAGCAGCAGAACGGAGAACAUGUGAGCAAUGCCACCACCGAACAACAAGGAGCGGCAUCUGGUGUAAUCUCGAGCAGCAACCCCACGACAAGUCUUGUUGUGGAAUCGCAGCAGCAGCAGAAGACGAGUGCUACUCCAACAACAACCACACCGAUCCUUACCAUAACAACCACAGCAACAACAUCAACAAAAACAAGAGGCGUUCGAGCAAGCUCCUCCUCUUCGACUUCUUCAUCCUCUUCGGCCUCCUCUGUUGUUGCUUCAGCUGAUCAACAAGUACCGACUUUGGCCACUCCAAUACCCACAACAACUUCAAAAACAACAAGUCUGUCCCUUUCAUUACCGUCCGCAACCUCCUCCAUGAAACAACAAACUCCACUGACAACAACACCGGGCUCCCUUCAUGAAGGUCUUGCUGGCUACUUGGUAGACCCUCCAACUCCAACAUCGGAAGCAAGCAUAUCCUCCACUCCAACCUCAUUGAGCAGCCUUGUAAUGCCGAGCCCACAGCCCUCUUCCGGAGAAGCAACACCCGGCUCCAAACCCAAAAAGAAGAAGGCUGGUGCUAAGAAAUUGUCAGAAGUGGUCAAUCCUCCUCUUGUACCUCUUAUACCUGGAAGUAAUGAGUAUCAUGAAUUUGUUCAGGCCAUCAAAAGCAAAGUUGUGCUGUCCAAGAAGUUGUGCUCGAGUUGUGGAGUGAAUGAUACUCCUACGUGGAGAAAGGGUCCAUUGGGUCUUGGAACCUUGUGUAAUGCAUGUGGCAUCAAGUACUCGACUCAUUCAUUAUCAUUGGAUCCUCAAACAGGAGGACGAGAGGGAUACAAGAGCUUUGUCGUGUUGGGAGAUGCAUCCAUGAAACAUUCCGUGAGCAGUAGUGUGGAGGACGAAAGUGCUCCGACUACACCUUCUACCUCUGCCGAACAACAACAACAUUUGGAUGGAGAGGGAAAUGUAUUGAGUGGAGGAGAUCAUGCUGUAUCAAGUUUGGAUGCUUCAAUCAAAGCAGAAACACAUGAGAGCGGAAGUUUAUCGUCAUCUUUGCCUUCUGAUCUUGUGCAAGCAACUCCUGAAAAGCAGAAGAGAUCUCGAGGAAGACCAAAAGGAUCAGGUAACAAAAAGAAGAUUGCUGCUGAACAACAGUUGCUACAACAACAGCAGCAACACAUCCACCUUCAUAUGGAGGAUGGAGUUGAACAAGCAGCUUCCAUUCCUGUCCAACAAACAGUCGUAACUCCAGUGAAGAGAGGACGGGGUAGACCACCCUCCAAACACAAGCUAGCUGCUGCAGCAGCGGCAAUGACACCUGUUGUCACGCCUCAACUUGACGAUUCUUCCAUGGAUUUAAGUUUAGAUUUAAAUGCUUUUGCGGAGGAUGAAAUACAUCGUACUCAACCACCUAAAACCAAACGAAAACCUGGAAGAAAAAGAAAGAAUGUCGUAGAAGACGAUUUAGAUUAUGUUCCUGAAGAAGAGAGUCAUGUGAAUUUUGUCAGUACCACUCCUGUAAACAUUUCCCGAGGAAAGGGUAAAAGCCUCUUGGCUAUACCCUCAAGCGAGACAUCAGGAAUUCAACCAACGACACCUGUUACCACAAUUGCAACCGCUCCAAAGAAAAAGAAAGUGGUGUACUUCCCAACAGCAACUGAAACACAGUUGCAAUUGUUAUCAAAACAACUUACAUCAGGAAAUAUCUAUGGUAGCCCUUCAAGCGAACAAAAUUGUAUAUAUUUCUCUUCCGAAUUUCUUAGACAAUGCAUUGAAGGUUUUGGGGUCUUACUUAAACAAAAGCAAAGGAAAAGCGGUGAUGUCAACAAGAUCCUCACCAAGGACGCCCUGACCUAUAUUUUCUUAUUCCUACAUCAGACUGAUAUUGUAAAUUUGAUGCUUGUUUGCCGAUACUGGUGUGACAUUGCAAAAUCUGAAGUAGUUUGGAAGGAAAUUUAUCGACGUACUUGGGGAAUUAAUGAGGAUUCUGUUGCAAGUUUUACAAAGAGCAUUCUCGCUAGGGCUCCUUCUAUUGAUUGGUAUGAAAUGGUUCAAGCAAGAACAAAUGUUAGAAUUUGCUCACCUAUCCAACAAAUUGAAUUUAUGGCAAAAUUUUAUGCUAUUGAGAACAAACCUAAGAUUUUGGCAUGCAUCCAACAAAACCUUAAUGAGGAAAUCAAUGAGAGAAAUACGAGAAAGCAACAACAACAACAAUAA